UCGCAUAGAUCGGCCAAGGCAUAGGUUCAAAAUAUUCAGUUUAUUGAAGAGCUUUCUCAGUGCUUUUCGAACAGUUCACGGAUCUGGCCGAGUUCUUUUGUCGGAAUUAUUUUGUUUGCGCGAUUAACUUGAGGGGUUCUCCAAGUGUUUUUCGAGAAAAAGAUAUAAAAACUGUGUAUAGAUGACAGCAUGUCUGCUCUACAGUUCCUAGCUCUUCUGGCAUUGAUUUUAUGCAGCGGCGCCAAUGAAGAUACUUUAGUGGUAAAAAUUGGAGCUAUUUUUUUCGACUCCGAAAUGAAGUUGGCUGAAGCAUUCAGUGUGGCAGUAGAGGAAGUGAAUGCCAUAAAUCCCGCUCUCAGAUUGGAAACAGUUAAGCGCUAUCUAACUAUUGACGACAGCAUUGUUCUGCAAGAUCUUUCUUGUGACUUGAUUGAAAAUGGGGUGGCUGCUAUUUUCGGACCAAGUUCAAAGACAAACAGCGAUAUUGUCGAAGUUCUGUGUAACAUGACGGGUAUACCGCAUAUGCAGUUCGAUUGGCAUCCCCAACAAUCGGGCAGGGAGCGUCUAAACCACCAGCUCACUGUGAAUGUUGCGCCGAUGGAACUGUUCCUGUCUUCAGCUUUUCUAGAUAUUUUGUCUAGUAAGAGCUUCGACUGGAGGUCCUUUACGAUUGCCUAUGAGAAGAGUGCUCACCUCAAUCGUCUGCAGCACAUCUUAGCAUGGAAACAACUCCAUAAAACAGGAAUCAAGAUGCAGGAAUUCGAGCGAGGAGAUGACUAUCGAAUACUCUGGAAACGCAUAAACAACGCUCGUGAAAAGUUUGUUCUUCUGGAUUGCCCGUCCGAUAUUUUAGUGGACGUAAUCAAGGCAUCGAUUGAAUAUAAUAUGACUGGGUCAUUUAAUCACUUAUUUCUAACGAACUUGGAUACACAUGUGAGUGGAAUAGAUCAAUUUUAUUCCAGGGAGUUUACUGUGGCCGUGACGGCUGUCAGGAUAAGAACCUAUAUUCCUCCGCCAGUUCACGAUGAGAUUGAUGUUUUUGACAACUACGUUGAUACCAGGUUCUCUUCACUUCUAACUCAGCUUGUAUAUGAUUCGGUUGUUUUGUUCUACAAUGCUCUUUUGGAAAUAAGUCAGCGACCUGGAUUCUACAUUCCUCAGUUAAGCUGUGGACGCGGCUUUUGGCAGCCAGGACCGCGUCUGGUAAAACAAAUGAAAAUGAUUUCCCCUAAAAGUGCAAAGCCUCCCUUUAAGACUCAAAGGCUGCAGAUAAAUAUGGAUGGCCAACGCGAAGAUUUUAAUCUUGAAGUUUACAACCCACUCAUUGAUCGUGUAACUCAUAUAUGGAACAAGGAAUUCCAGCUGGUGGACUAUGACAAGUUAAGGGAUAACUCAACUCAAGCCUUGAAACAGAGGCGAAUUCAGGGCAAAGAGGAUUUCUCCCAAAAGCCUGUUAGUUAUACAGUAGCAACUCGGGUUGGCAAACCGUACUUCAGCUGGCGCGUGGAACCCGAAGGACAGCACUUUGAGGGAAAUGAACGUUUCGAGGGAUACGCCGUGGAUUUAAUGUACAAGUUGGGAGAGAUAUGCAAAUUCCAUUUCAACUUUGAACCAGUCAAGGAUAAUAAAUAUGGGAGUUAUGAUCCUGUCACAGAUGAAUGGGAUGGCAUUAUACGGCAAUUGAUUGAUAACAAUGCACAAAUCGGAAUCUGUGACUUGACCAUUACGCAGGCACGCCGGACGGUUGUAGAUUUUACUGUUCCCUUUAUGCAGCUGGGGAUAAGUAUUCUAUCAUACAAGAAGGCGCCACCGAAGGCAGAUAUUUACGCCUUCCUUAAUCCCUAUGGAGUCGCUGUUUGGAUGUAUGUAAUGAUUGCGAUGAUCAUCACGGCUUACGCCUUGAUUUUUACCGGUCGUAUAGAUCAAUAUGAGUGGGAGCAGCCAGUGGAAAAUGAGAAUCACGAACUGGAGCGGGAGAAUAUCUGGCAUCUGAAUAACACCAUGUGGUUGGUGUUGGGAUCAAUACUCAAUCAGGGCUGCGAUCUUUUGCCCAGGGGACUGCCAAUGCGUUUGCUGACAGCUUUCUGGUGGAUCUUCGCUCUGCUUAUCUCUCAGACUUACAUAGCCAAAUUGGCUGCAUUCAUUACCUCUUCAAAAAUUGCUGGCGACAUCCGCUCCCUCCACAAUCUCGUUGACCAAAACAAGGUCCAAUUUGGCACAAUCCGUGGAGGUGCUACGUCUGUUUACUUCUCGGAAUCGAACGACACUGAAAAUCGGAUGGCGUGGAACAAGAUGUUGUCAUUUAAGCCGGAUGCCUUUACGAAGAACAAUGAGGAGGGAGUGGACCGCGUGAAGCUGAACAAAGGAGGCUACGCAUUCCUGAUGGAGACCACCAAUCUGCAGUACCACGUUCAGCGAAACUGCGAGCUUACCCAGAUAGGGGAGAGUUUUGGAGAGAAGCACUACGGUAUUGCAGUCCCGCUCAAUGCUGACUUUCGUUCCAACCUCAGCGUUGGAAUUCUCAAGCUCAGUGAGAAGGGCGUGCUUUACACAUUAAAGAACAAAUGGUUUAACGACAAUACAACCACGUGUGACAACAAUGCCUCGACCAUCGAUGACGGCCAGUUUGAUAUGGAUUCCGUGGGGGGUCUAUUUGUAGUGCUGAUCGCGGGCAUAAUUAUUUCAAUUUUGAUUGGAGUAGCCGAGUUCUUGUGGCAUGUGCAGCGCAUCUCGGUGAAGGAAAAGAUACUACCCAUGCUUGCUUUAAAAGCGGAGUUUUACUUUUUCAUUCGAUUCUGGCUGACCAAAAAGCCCCUUCAUACAUAUCGACAAAGCCGUGAUUCAACGUCGACGGGUUAUUCAUCGUUAGAGCAAAUUUCCAGUGCAUCGAGUACAAAAAAGAAGAAAAAGACCAAGAGAAUUGCGAACUAAACGAGUGGAAAUCUUGCCUACAUUCACGAAAAUAUAAUUUAGCCUAGAAUAAGGAUAUUUAAAAUCAGUGGUUCUCAGUUCCAUAUUACCAUUUUAUAUUGUUGAAAAUGCUUUUGGCGUAAGCGGCUUGCGCAACUCUUUCAUACGCACAAUUUAAUUUAUUUUUAUUUCUAAGCACUGUAGAUGAGUUUUAUUGACAUACUUACAAAGUACAUAAAAUGUACGAAGUUCUUAACUUACGCUACCGUCAAUUGAUUAAAACAAAUACAAAAUAAAUAGAGUAACAUUUCGAAAAAAAACUUUUUCUUGAAUUACGACAUUAUUAUUUGAGUACUGCAUUACGUGCAACUAC